ACCGUGAUCUUCAGACAUGAGAAAACACACAAAAUGUAUAGAAGGUGCAAUGGACGAGUUCCUGUCCUCAAUCGGUCUGUGGAGGAAACCAAUUGCCAGAGAUGGGUUUUCUCUGUUCAGAGCGGUUUCUGAACAGAUUUACCUCACACAAGCUUAUUAUAAGGAAAUCUGUGAUGCAAGUAGGAGUGUUUUCUCAAGGAUAUGCACCCAAGAAGACUAUGUCUGGAAUGAACAGGAUGUAAUGCAAACACUAUCCCACAUGUAUAGGUUAGAUUUUGUUGUGUAUGAAAUGGUUGGAAAACCCCCAGUGGAUUUGACUGGAAAUGUUUUCCCACGAAAGAUAGUUCUGUGUCGUUUGGACAAUAAUCAGUUGGACUGUGUUUACACCAAAGCUUACCACGCAGAACUCGCCAUUUGUCAGUCGAUUGUGUAUGAGAUUCUCUAUAGGACUGUGUUCCAUCUUCACACGGAGCUCGAGGAAUCCGUCCAAAUCAUCCGUGAGCAAAAUAAAAACAAGAACAGGAACGGAGUCUUUCCCAUUGUGGACGCUGAAUCUAGUCCAGACUCCAGCCAUAGUGGAGAGGACUCGUUCUCUAAGCAUGAGAAGUUUGCCGGGAGGCGAGUAAGCCCACCAGUACCGUAUCGCAUUGCUAAAGCUUUGGACCCUGUUAUUUACAGAAAUACAGAACUCGAUAUCUGGGAAGAAGAAAAACGAGAGGCCAUUCACAGGGAGCGCUACAAGUCUGUGACAUUCUCCGCGGGGGAUAAAUGCCAGGUUUUGUCAACACAAGGUCCCCUCUACCAUGGACACAUCCAGCAAAUAGGACCCGAGGCAACUGAUCCAGCUUUAGUCUUUAUAGAGGAACUAGGAGAAAAACAAGAAGUUAGCCGAGAUAGAUUGCGGCCUGCUAAAGCAUCCGGGAGAUCGGAGUGGUUCCUUAAGCAGCUGAGGAGGAAGAGGUUGCAAGAGAUGACCGUGACGCAAGACAGAAUUCCCCCUAUGAUGCCCCACAGUCUUCCCCCUCCCCCCAUCCAGGUGGUUCCCUCAUCUCCUCUUCCCCAGGAGGUUAAUAGCAGCAUUAUUUUUCCAAAAUGGCAAAUUCUGAGUUCCAGUCCAGGGCCUCUGCAAGCAGGUAAACCAGAGUCUCUCAGCUCGUAUCCACCUGGUCCACCCCCCGAGAUGUCCCUGAUCCCUGUGUCUCAAGUUCAGGUGCCCAGGAUCUGGGUCCCCUACAUGGACAGUAUCGCCCUGUCUAAUGUGGAUGUCAACAUUCUCCCCUCCCAGGAUUCAAUGGGACAGGAUCUACCACUAAAUGACAUGAAUACUCUACGGUUUUUCUUCAAUGUGGGAGUCGCCCACUAUGGCCUGAUAAGUCAGCAAGCAUUGGCCAAUAGAGCAGCAUCACAGGGAAAUAUCCAACCAAUCAUAUACUGCCAGGCCAAGCCUCCCAUGGCUCUUCCUCAGAUUGGUAAUUCUAACUUCUCACUUCAGUCCCCUCCCCCCGCCUCUAACUCUGAUGAUGAGAGUAGCAACAUGUCUAAUGACAGCGGAUGUGAUGCGGACGAAGCCGCAGCCUCUCACGAGAAGUUGGUGACAAAUGACGCAAACUCUCCUGUCAAGGCAAAGGAGAACUCUCCAGAGGGGGAGGUAACUGACUCGAGCACUGCUCAGGCAGAGAACCCGAGCUGUGAGACAGAGAGUCACUGUUCAGACAUGUCACUCACUGAUGCUUCUGAUGGCACCAUCACUGUUGAGAACCAGGACCAAGGCGGGGCUAAACAAUACAAACCGCGCAGAAAGUAUUACAUGUAUGGCAAUCUAAAACUGAUCAAACCCAUUAAAGACGUACCAAAACGAUUCAUGGAUCUCCUCACUUCAAUGAAUGCAGAGAAAUCACGCGUUGAGGGAGAGCCAAUCAUAAUGGCAGCUCCUGCGCAAUACAAAUCUGACAAAACUACAAACUGUCAGUUUAACCCUAAUGCCCCGAGCUUUGUUCCUGGUUCUCAGGGUGAAAGGGCACCUGUCAAUGGCAACCAAAUUAAUAUUCCCCUGUCAUCUACAUCAUCUAAUGUGUAUUAUCCCUCACAGCUUAUAUCAUUGCCUAACUCUAAUGUAUCCUAUCAUUGUAGUAACUCAGUCAUCAAUACCCACACUCACUAUCAACGUAAUCCUCUUUGCACAGGUUUCCCUCCACCCCUCCCUCCCAUGGCCAACCCCUCAUCCUCCAGCUUCCUGACCGUUAACAGCAUGCCGCAUUAGUCUCGCAGAUGGUGGUGGUGGUAUAAGGAACGACAGAUACUUGCUAGACUAGUCAUUUGUUUUAUGCUCAACAAAAGAAGAUGAACAAAGCUUUUACAAUGCUAUAGCACACUUCACCUGCACCUUUUAGACCGAGAUUUAGCUGUAAUGAGAUUUUAUGUUGAAGAAUUUUUUCCACAGUUUUACAAACUUUAGAAGGUUAGUUCAGAAUAUUGUGCUGGUUUUAUCUAGUCAGACUCGCACAUUGUCAGCAAGCACCGAUUUCUAGACUCACUUUGUAAUCACCAUAUUUUUUUUAUAAAGUAUUUUGACUGAAGUAAAGGACUUAGUCUUUCCUCAUCAUUUAGAUCAUUGGGGACUUCAAUUUGAGUAGUUCACUUUGAAACAAGUAUUUAAUGCACACAGAUUCCUGCUUUUUACCAUCUGAUUAUAGUUCUAGCAGUUAAAGAUGAAUGUUUGUACAAUUAAUUGUAUAUUGCCAAUUUCCAGAUUAAAUUACUCGAAUAAUCCCAUCUCUAGUUUAAAAAAGUGAAAUAUGAGUGCAGCAGAAUUUAAAGCUUUACUUUGUUAUCAUGGUGAUGGGAUAAUGUUCUGAUUGUCCUGGUGUUGGUAGAAUUUUAUAUCCAUGUAUACUUAUGUAUAGAGUUUUCAUUAGCAAAUCAUCUUCUUUAACAAUAUAUUGGUGCUAUUUCACUUUUUUGCUGUAUUUAUUUUAGCUAAAACUUGUACAUUGUGGAACACAGGGUUGUGUUCAAGAUUGUAGCAGCUUUAUGUAGCUCUACAUAGAGCUAUGAUCUUGAAUGAUAUGCUAGCAUAGCAGCUACACUGUGAAAUGUAGCAUAGGUAUUUGAUGUUAGCUACCAAAGCCUAGAUGGUUUCUUCAGCAUAUAUUUAUAAUAUUUUGGCUCGAGUUUGGCUCACUUUUUCCAAAACAUAAUUGUUACUGAGUUAUCCGUAUACCCACAAUUUGACACUUACUGACCUAGUGGAAAGGCAAGCAAGUCCUUUCAAUAAAGCUAGAUAUCUAGCAGCUUGGUUUAGCCGUUAUGAUCUUGAACACAGCCCUGAUACAUGUAGCACAAGCUAAAUUAACAUCUCUCUUUAAAAUUUUACAUUCUAACUGAAUAUUUAAUGUUUACCAGUGUCAUGAUGUCAUGCAAGUUCAUUAAUAACACAAUCAUACCCUGUAAGCUUGACAAGUAUAUAUGCCUUAUUGCUAAUACUAAAAUAUGUACACUAAUGUGAGAUUUUUUUGUGUUUUUGAAUUUUCUUUUUCAAUUAAAAGUAGGUUUAAUAACUAAUGUUGUGAAAUUAGCAUUUUUUGGUCAACAUUUUUGUCAUUUACAAUUUUCUAUUUACAAAUUUGUCUUAUUUCUGAUAUUGUAUUAUAACUAAUUUCUAAUCUUCCAAUUGUUUAAGUAAUUUUUUUUAUAUCACUUAUUUUUUCCCUCAGUUGAUCUGAUUGUUUUGU